CUCCAAUAAAUGCCCCGACAGAUAUCCAAACACAUUUGAGAGGACUUGAUGACAGACUAUUUUUAUUCUUUAAUACUUAUUAAUGAAGAAAAAAAGUGGGCUCCAGCAAAAAGGGAACUUUUCUCAUCCAGGGCAAAAGGGCUGGUGCUUGAGCACCACUAGGGGUCUAUCUGUGCACGUGCCUGCAUAUAUAUAUAAAUAUGUAUUAUAUAUAAAUAUAAUAUAUAUAUGUGUGUGUGUAUGUAUUCCCGCCGGCCACUAGGGGGCGCUGAGUAGCGCAGCCGCCGUGUGACCACAGGACGCCGCCGGAUGCAGCUCCGCUGAGCGAUGGAGAUGUUUGAGUGCUCACUGCGUUAGAUGUCAAAGGUCAACAUGGUCAGGCAGCAGGGGCGGCCGGACAGGUGCUUCGUACCUACGGCACAGAGCAGCGUGGCGUGGGUUCGAGUCCCGGUCGAGUCGGCACACGGCAGGCAGCAGGCCGACGGCUCCACCACCACAGAAGAAGAGAGAGGAGAGAGACCAGAGGGAGGGCCAGGAGAGACCAAGAGGUCGAGACUGGACGGGACUGAAGAGGCUGCAGCUCUGACCAAUAGAGAGAGAGCCCCAGGGCCAUGUGGUCAACCAGCAGAGGCCCUCAGGUCCAGGCUGUCUCCCCCCGUCCAGCAGGCAGCAGAACUCCGUGAUGACAGCAGAGCAGCUGAGACUGUGAGGUCACUGAAGGUCACCAUCCAGCAGAGCAGUGAGAGCAGAGAGUUCAGACAGACAGGUGACAGACAGACAGGUGGACUCCACUGUCACGUCUGUGACCUCACUUGUCGCUCUCUGCAGGUAUUUCAGGAACACAUGACCGAAUCAGAACACCUGAGGAAACUGAAGGAGAUGACACACUCCAUCUGCCUCAACACACACACACUGCAGGACAGGGGGCGUCGGCCUGAUGCUCAGCGCUGGUGUGACACCUGUCAGACUCACUUCAGCGAUGACAUCAUCAUCCAUCGACGGACUAAACAGCACAAGGUGUGUAAGCAGCUGUGUCGUCCCUUCUGUCCGGUCUGCACACGUCACUUCAGGACGCCCCGAAAGUUUGUGGAGCACAUGAAGUCUGCAGAGCACAAGGAGCAGGUCCAGCUGGAGGAGGAGCUGAUCACUGUGGAUGCUGUUGGCUGCUUUAAGGAGGACGAGGAGGAGGAGGAGGUGUUAGAGCAAGAGGAGAAAAAUAAGGUGUUGUUAGUGGAGGAGAAUAAAGAGGUGUUAGAGGAAGAGGUGGAGGAGGAGAUAGCUGAAGAAGAUGGUGGUGGAGGAAAAGAAGAGGAGAAGGAGACAGAGGACCAACCGACCAAUGAGGCAGCUGACACCCAGGAAACUGACUCAGAGGAAUACGACCCUGAGACCACAUAUGGAAGUCGUUUCGUUCUUCCUGUUUCUGGUUUCUUUUGCCAACUUUGUAACAAGUUCUUCUACAAAGAGACGACGGCUCGACGCACACACUGCAGGACACACACACACUACCAGAACCUGCAGGGCCACAGAGCUCGGAGGAGGCGUGAGGACCGAUCUGCUCUCUUGUGAGGCGCUCACACCGUAUCCCACAAUGCAUCACGGCUGAUGACAUCUGUUGUCUCCUCUUCUCUGCUGGCUGCUGGAGGAACUGCAGCAUCAUUAUUUACUAGAAACUGAAGAAAGGUCCGAUUUAUUUAAUAAUAUAAAUAAAAAGAGCUCAAACUGACGAUGUUGAUUAUUUCAAGGCAUCAACUAAUGAUCAUUUUUAAAUCUUGAUAUAGUUAUGAAUCCAUUCCAGUGUUCAUUGUCUUAAUGACUUCAUAUUUUGAUGAAUGUUGUUGAGUCUCAGGGAUCAAUAAAGUUUAUUAACACUU